AUGGAGACAUCGCUGAAAGAGGAAAUCAAGUCACGUGUAGGGUUCAAACCCUACACCACAAUUCGCUUAGCGACUUCCGGCCGCGAUGAGAACUUUCGAUCCAACGCCCGACGACGACAACGACGACAACGACCAGCGCUUGUAGACGCAGAAUUCCAGUCCCUAAUUCAAGAUGAGGAACUUCCAGCUUUGGCAAGCGCCAUAACAAAUCGCACACUCUGUGCAGACGUUGCGGCCGUCGCUCUUUCCACAUCCAGAAGCACACAUGCUCGUCUUGCGGGUAUCCAGCCGCUAAGACCCGGAAAUUCAACUGGGCCGAGAAGGGUCUGCGACGAAGAACCACCGGAACUGGACGCAUGCGAUAUCUCAAGACGGUCGACCGCAAAUUCAAGAACGGAUUCCAAACCGGCACCCCCAAGGGAGCUCGGGGGCCAGAGAAGCAUUAAGUUGCUGCGGGGUUGA